UCUUCAUCAAAAAUGGAUAACAGUUGCCCAUCAUGCGCCAAGAAGUCUAAAUCUAAAAAAGAUGAUGGCUGUCCUACUUGCAAUAAGAACAAUGGGUCGAAGACUAGCUUAGGAUCUGAAUCAAAAACCAGUCUAGGCUGCCCCAUGUGUGGUAGUAAAUCUUCAUCAAAAAUGGAUAACAGUUGCCCAUCAUGCGCCAAGAAUUCUAAGUCCAAAAAAGAUAAUGGCUGCCCUACUUGCAGUAAGAACAAUGGGUCGAAGACUAGCUUAGGAUCUGAAUCAAAAACCAGUCUAGGCUGCCCCAUGUGUGGUAGUAAAUCUUCAUCAAAAAUGGAUAACAGUUGCCCAUCAUGCGCCAAGAAGUCUAAAUCUAAAAAAGAUGAUGGCUGUCCUACUUGCAAUAAGAAAAAUGGGUCGAAAACUAGCUUAGGGUGUCCUACAUGCAGCAAGAAAUCUGAAUCUAAAACCAGUUUAGGCUGCCCUAUGUGUAGCAGUAAGUCUUCGUCAAAAAUAGACAACAGCUGUCCUUUAUGUGCUAAGUCUAAAGAAUCCAUAAAGGACGAUGGCUGUCCACAAUGUAGUAAGAAAUCGGGAUCGAAAAUUAGCUUUAGCUGUCCCAUGUGUGGGGAUAAAUCUCAAACGAAACUUGAUGAUAGCUGUCCUCUAUGUUCUAAGUCUAAAGAAUCAAUAAAAGACAACAGCUGUCCGCAAUGCAGUAAGAAAUCGGAAUCGAAAGCCAGCUUAGGCUGUCCCAUGUGUGGCGGUAAAUCUUCAUCAAAAAUAGAUAACAGCUGUCCUUUGUGUGCCAAAUCUAAGGAAUCCAUAAAAGACAAUAGCUGUCCAUUAUGCUCCAAAAAAUCAGAAAUAAAACUAGACGGUUGUCCAAUAUGCGCUAAGAAAUCCGAGCCCGAAAAAUCCUGUCCUAUUUGCAAGAAACCUGAUGACAAAAAAUGUCCUAUUUGCGACAAAAAAGAAGAACCUAAGACCUGUCCUAUAUGUGACGCAAAAAAGGAGGAGCCAGCCCCCGAAGAAACGGACAAGUCUAAGAAAAAAGGCAAGAAAGACUCUAAAGUAUCCAAAAAAGAUAGCAAAGAUCUUCAGCACAGUUGCAAAUUUUGCGGCGUUAAAGGCAAAAAAUCAAAAUCUGAUAAAGAUGUAUGCCCCAUUUGUACUAGUGUAGAAUCCAAGGAACAAGAACAAGAUAAAGCCAGUGAAUGUCCAAUAUGUGGUGCAGCAAAACCUGAAGAACCAGAAGACGAUAAGGGCAAGAAAAAGAAGUCAAAAGAUAAAAAGAAAGAAGAGAAAGCACCAAAACACAGUUGCAAAUUUUGUGGAGAAGCAAAAGGAAAGAAAAAGAAGGAUGGCGAAAGCUGCCCGAUAUGUACUGCGGCCGAGUCCGAAUCUCAAAAAUCUCUGGAAACUGCCUCAUCGAAAAAAUCUCUAUGCGGUUUUUGCGGUGACAAAACUGAAUCUAAGAAAUCACUUUGUGGGUUUUGCGAUGAUGAUAAAAGUACGUCAAAGAAAUCAUUAUGUGGGUUUUGUGAUGACAAGUCUGAAAAAGAAAGUAAAACUCCAGCCGGCUGUCCAGUUUGUGGCAAAGAAAAGCCUAAAGAUACAACACCUGGGUGUCCAACCUGCAAUAAACCUAAAGAAGAGCCAAAAGCUUGUAAGAUUUGCCAGGAGAGAAUGGACAAGAAAAAUGCCUGCCCAUUGUGUGCUGCACAAUCAAAAUCUGCUUCUGACACAACAGCUUCUAGUGCAAAUAAAGAUAGCCCAUGCCCAUCGUGUAAGAAAGACGGUAAAAAAUCUAAGUCCGAGUGCAAAAUGUGCCUUGAAAAUGCUGCAAAGAGUAAAGAAAAAGAUGUCUGUCCAAUAUGUGGACCAGAUGAACCAGAAAAGCCAGAAACUGAACCUGAUAGUCCAUGCCCUUCGUGCAAAAAGGAUGGCAAAAAAUCCAAAGGGCAGUGUGGUAUGUGCCAACAAAACGCAGAGAAAGAUAAAGCUAGUAAAGAGCCAAAAUGCACGUGCGCCGAAAAGAAAGGGCCCGAAUGUAGUUGCCAGAACAAUAAAGAGCCAGAAUGUUCAUGCCAGAAGGGGCCUGAAUGCUCCUGCCAAAAAAACAAAGAACCUCAAUGCUCAUGCCAGAAAAAAGAAUGCACUUGCCAAAAAAAAGAAUGCACUUGUCAAAAAAAAAACGACCCUGAAUGUUCGUGUCAAAAAGAUAAGGGACCUGAAUGCUCUUGUCAGAAAGGAAAAGGUCCCGAAUGUACUUGCAAGAAAGGAAGUCAGCCUGAUUGUACAUGCAAGAAAGGAAGUAAGGCCGAUUGUACAUGCAAGAGUGGGAGUAAACCCGACUGUACAUGCAAGAGUGAGAGUAAAUCCGACUGUACCUGUAAGAAUGAUAAAAAACCUGACUGUACAUGUAAGAAUGAAAAAAAACCUGACUGUACAUGCAAGAAUGAUAAGGACCAAGGACCAAAAUGUUCUUGUUCAAAUGACGCAUUAUCUACAAAGUCAGUAGAAUCGUUAUGCAAGUCUUGCUCUGACAGCCAAAAGCAAGAAGACAGCUGCCCCAAGUGUAGUGGUGACAAACCUGCAAAAAAGCCAAAAAAAUCUUCUUCUAAAACGUCACUAUGCAGUCAUUGUAAAGAGCAAUCUAAACCUAAGAAACCUAAAUGCACUUGCAAAGAUCCAAAGCCUUCGAAGUCAAAAGAGUCAUUAUGUAAAUCGUGUUCAGAUAUUCAGAAAGAGGAAGACAGCCUUUGCCCUAAAUGUGGCGGAGACAAGCCCCAAAAGCCAAAGAAAUCUGCUUCAAAAACCUCUAUGUGUAGUCAUUGUAAAGAACAAUCUGAACCUCCAAAGCCAUCUUGCCCGUGUGGUGACGGUGGGCAGCCUGCUAAAGCCAAAAAAUCAUCGUGCGAGGUUUGCUUCGACGACAAAAAACAAGAAGACGAUAUUUGCGCUCAAUGCGGUAGAAAGAAACCCCAGAACUUAACCAAGUCUGUAUCUCAAUCUAGUUCUUUAUGUAAACAUUGUAAAGAACAAGCUGAACCCAAGAAACCACCAUGUGAUUGCAGUCCCAAACCAUCUAAACCAGCUUUAAAGAAAUCAUCAACAUCAGUAUGCAAAGAAUGCGAGAAGAAAAAGAAACAGGAAAGCGAUAGAAGUGGAUGUCCUUACUGCGCUAUGAAGUCACAAACAAGAAGCUGCUCUUUCGCUCUUGACGUAUCAUCUACUGGGUCAGAAUCGGGCAGCGAUUCGUCCUGUUGUUCCAUUUCAAAUAAGAGCUUUGGCAUCGAAACUGAGGACUGUGUGCCCUCUUGUAGCUCUUGCAAGUCCGCGUCCAGCGAAAAAGAGUUCAGCGAUGAAGAUGCCGCCGAUGCCUUAUGCUGUAACAGCACCCAGACUGUCAUGAAAUCCUCAUUGAAAUCUUGCUGUUCCACCAAAAAGAAGUCCUCAGAACGCACCUGUUGCUUUGCUGAGCCUAAACCACCUCCGAAGUGUCCCAUAUGCGUCCCAAUGGCGGACGCAUCUGUGAACACGAAGUCAGCAGACAGAUAUGACGUCAGACCCAUCCUGAUGAUACCAGGUGCAACCAAUAAACCCACCUGCUGCUGCAAAGCAGAGCCUAGCAAAGUCUGCAACUGCAGAUCCGAGCCAAACUGUACGCCUAGCAAGAAAAAAUCCUCAUCAAAAUCUAAAUCAUUCUGCGAAAAAGACUGCACCUCCUUUGGCGGUCUAUAUCUCUGAAAUUGAAGUUUUAGUUUGCAAAUUGAUGAAUCUCAAAACUUUUUUUGUCAUUAAAUAUUA